AUGCGGGCGGACGAUAUCAGUAGCGCCCAAAAUCAUUCAAACCCUCCGCACGCGGCAUUCCAACUAACAGACCAUACCGCCGAAAUCCUCAGUCGCUUGAACGAGUCUCGAAGCUCCCUAACUUUUUCAAGCGACACCUCGUUGCCUGACCUUGGGCACUCCUCUUCAUCGUCAUCGGCUUCCUUAGCUUCUGCUCGGUCUGUCUCUGACAACGAGGAAGGUCAGGCUUCAAGAGAGUUUUCCCUGGCUUGUCACCUCGCGGACGAUGUUCUCUCUUGUUCACCUUCCAACAUCGGUCUCAUUCCUGAUGUCAACAUGUACAACCUUGCACUGUUUACGAAGUCACCCAGUAUAGGCGUCGAUCCUUCAGCCAUCAUGGGACAGUCACCUGCGUCCCCUCGAGCAUUUCUGUCGCCUCGCCUCACCCCUCGCAAUGUCACCUUCCAUUGCUCUCCGCUGUACAUUCACGAUUCAGUUCCCUCCACUCUUGGCGCGAUGCGGGAAUUGACAUCCGGUCCACCAUCUCGGGAUUGCCCAUCGCCACGUCUAAUCCACGAUAUUGUUACCAUCUUGUCCACUUCUGCAACACAGGAUACUGAACAGCCAGAGCCUAUGCCGGUUAUAUACAAUGAACAGUCACCCUUCGAGCAAUGCGCUCCGCAGAAGAGGGCGUCCCCGAUGAUCAAGAUGGAGACAUUGCCAGAUGCAUCUAUAUUGCGUGUGUUCUCCCCAAAACAAGAGGAACGUUACGUUCUUUCUAGCUGCGACAACUUCUCGUUCCCUUCCUCCAAUAAUGUGUUUUCGCCAAGGCAGAACAAGGUCGAGCCAGAUCGCGGAAUAUACAACGAUCCACAUCCAUCGCCGAUUCUUAACGCGCACAUGGGAAUUGAACUGUCUGAGCUCGCCUUCAGAGCCGAGCGCUAUAGGGCACGCCAUUCUGCACAAGAGAUUGAUCGAGGUUGGUUGAUGCAUUUCGCGGGCAAGUUGAGCGACCGCGGAGAGCUUAUAGAAGAGUUCCGAUGCUACGUCGUUGGGUGUGGCCAGAGGAACAAGCGCCGAGAUCACAUCAUUGUACAUGUCGGGGCUCACGUUGAUCAGCGGCCAUUCGGUUGUUCCAUGUGCCCACAGCGGUUUCUCCGCAAGAACGAAUGCAAACGUCACGAAGCGAGCCAUAGUGGGGUGAGACCCUAUCAUUGCGAAGUUUGUGGGCAGACCUUCGUUCGUCAAGAUUUGCUGAAGAGACACACCAAGCGGACCCAUGGAUUAGAGAAGGGAACUCGCACUGCAGGCUCGCGCCGUAAGAAGGCGAGGACUGAGUGA